CUCUCACUUUUGCCUUGCUAUAGCAUCACACCACUUCUUUCCCUCCCUGUCCUGAUCCUUCCCGAAGCAUCCCUAGAGUCCUACCUUGGCAUACCUCUGAGCCGGCCAUGCGCAGGAGCAUCAUCCUCGCCGCCCUCCAGCAAAACGAGCCCUCCAGUCCCAGUCCCCUCGCCUCCCCAGCCUCCGCCUCCGCCUCAACCGCGUCCCCACCCUCCUUCAAGAAGCCCACUUCCUCGGCACUCACGGCCCGCACAGCUAACGGAGGAGGUUUCGGACCUCUUCUCGGUAGCAAACCUUUCAAGUCACCCUUUCUCAAGUCGGCUGCCAGGGGCGAUGAAGGUGGACGGAAACGCAAGCGGGUAGACUAUAAAGGCAUGGGUGUCGAGGGGGAGGAUGAUGAUGAUGCGGAUGCGGGACCAGACGAUGGUGGUGGUGGUGGCAAGAGGUCCAAGAAGGCGGCCAAGACGCUCGAGGGAAUGUACAAGGGCAUCGACGCAUCAGGCGUCUCGCUCAAUGUAGACACGCGCAAAUGGUCCGUCUUCAAGCCCAAGGAUGGAGCAAUGAAGCGGGGCUUCUCACUGCCUUCUAUGAAGAGCAAAGACGGCAAGAUUAUUGAGCUGCAGCCGACUUAUGCUGCAUUGGGCACACGGCGAGCGAUUGAGAUUCCACCGAGACCGCUGCAUGACCCGAUGGGCGAACACGCUAUUGUCCUCUUUGACCCGACCAUUGACGAUGCGGAAGCUGAGCGGGAAAAGGAACGACUCAGACAGGAGCAAGACGAGCAGGAAAAGCUAAGUGCACAAAAUACCGGACCGCACAAGUCGCUGGCGGCUUUGCUUGGGUUGAACAAGAAGAAGACAAAGGUGGUGGAGAAGGUGCCGGUGGUGAUUGAUCCCAGGUUGGCAAAGGUGCUCCGGCCGCAUCAGAUUGAAGGAGUCAAGUUCUUGUACAAAUGUACAACUGGUCUCAUCGACCCUAAGGCACAGGGCUGUAUCAUGGCCGACGAGAUGGGUUUGGGCAAGACUCUGCAAUGCAUUGCGCUCAUGUGGACCCUGCUGAAGCAGUCUCCGCUUCCCGGCAAGUCUACCAUCGACAAGUGCAUCAUCGUCUGUCCCUCGAGUCUGGUCCGCAAUUGGGCCAAUGAGCUGACAAAGUGGCUUGGAUCAGCUGCACCUGGGAACUUGGCGCUGGACGGAAAGCUCUCAAAGGACGAGAUGAUCACUGCUGUGCAUCGAUGGUCCCAGGCAAAGGGCAGAGCAAACGGCCAACCAGUCAUGAUCGUCUCCUAUGAGACUCUGCGAAAUCUGACAGAGGUUUUGGGGCAAACGGAGGUGGGCCUGCUCUUGGCCGACGAAGGCCACCGACUAAAGAAUGCCGAUUCACUCACCUUCACAGCGCUCAAUGCCAUCAAGGUCCAGCGACGAGUCAUCCUCUCCGGUACCCCCGUCCAGAACGACUUGUCCGAGUACUUUUCUCUACUGAGCUUUGCCAUUCCGGAUCUCCUCGGUGGCAAGAUGGAGUUCCGUAAGAAUUACGAGCUGGCCAUCCUCAAGGGUCGAGACGCUCUUGCUACCGACAAGGAGAAGGAGGUCGGUAAUCAGAAACUCAAGGAGCUCGCUGAUCUUGUGCAGCGCUUCAUUAUCCGUCGUACGAACGAUCUGCUGUCGAAGUACCUUCCUCACAAGUACGAGCAUGUGGUCUUCUGCAAGAUGGCCCCUUUCCAGCUUGACCUCUACCGACUUUUCAUUCGCUCGCCUGAGAUCAAGAAGCUGCUCAGGGGUACAGGAUCGCAGCCUCUCAAGGCGAUCAAUAUUCUCAAGAAGCUCUGCAACCAUCCUGACCUCCUCAAUCUGGACGAGGAUCUACCAGGCAGUAGAGAGCUCUGGCCUGAAGGCUACGUUCCGCGAGAUCGUAGAGACGUCCACACGGAGUAUUCUGGCAAGAUGAUGGUGCUCGAGCGCUUCUUGCACACCAUUCGCACCACCACCAAUGACAAGAUCGUGCUAAUCAGCAAUUACACACAGACGCUGGACGUCUUUGACCGCAUGUGCAGGAACAAUCGAUGGGGCAACUUCAGGCUCGACGGUACCAUGGCGAUCAACAAGCGUCAGAAGCUCGUGGAUCGCUUCAAUGACCCCGAGAGUCCAGAAUUCAUCUUCCUCUUGAGCUCCAAGGCAGGAGGUUGUGGACUGAAUCUCAUUGGUGCCAAUCGACUGGUGCUCUUUGACCCAGAUUGGAAUCCAGCCGCGGACCAACAGGCUCUAGCUCGAGUCUGGCGAGAUGGACAGAAGAAGUCUUGCUUCGUGUACCGCUUCAUCGGCACGGGUUCCAUCGAGGAGAAGAUCCUCCAACGUCAAUCGCACAAGCAGGCCCUCUCCGCCUCCGUCGUCGACUGUGGAGAAGACGUGGAGCGCCACUUUUCCGCUGGAGACUUGCGAGAACUCUUUGAAUUCAAGGACGCAACGACGAGUAAUACCCACGAUACAUACAAGUGUAAGAGGUGUGUUGCGGGUAGACAAGUCAAGAAGAGUCAGGCUUUACUCUAUGGUGAUACUUCUACUUGGAACCAUUAUGAGCGACCCGAAUUGGGAGAGCUGCAUGAUGAUUUACUCAGAGCAGAGAAGAAUUUUGAAGACGUGAGCAUGGUCUUCCAGUAUUGCAGUCACUAGACUACGGACAGGGUGCGGUCGCGCCGCCGCCCACUCUUCCCUUUUUGUUUUCAUGAGCCUUCUUGUAUAGACGUUUUGCGAACUUGUACCUCCCAUGAUUUCUCUCCCGGGACCCGUCUCCCAUUGUAUACUUCUUCUUCUUCUUCUUCACCGUUUUCACGCCAUCUCCCACUGUCACGCAUGCGCUAAUAAAGACAUUCAUUGUACACAU